AUGUCCGUUACAAUGAGGUCAGCUAGCCUUGUGCGCGGCAAUGCAGUAUUGCGGCCUAAUUUGCUCGCACGGCAACGACUUUCCGGUGCCUUGGCUGCGUCGACGGCCGCAAACCUCCGAUUCAACGGCAGAGGUCUGCCAUCUCAACUGUCGGCAAUCGCCCUUCUAGUCCCUCAGCAGCGCGGAUAUGCCACUGAUCCGUCGACCUCUUCCACCUCUUCCUCAAACUCGUUCCCCCCUCCGGGCUUCAACGCAGAGCAGGCCAAGAAGCCCCUCCCCCCGGACAACGUGCAGCCUUCCAAAGAUGUCCAGAGGGUCGCACCAAGCUCUGGACAGUCUAUUUCGUCUCAAAUCGCUGCACAGAACAAUGGAAAGUCGGCUGAGUUGACAACGGCGAAGAUCGCGGAUGUUGAUGGCAAGAAGGAGGAGAAGAAGGAGACGAAGAAACUGACAAUUGGACAAAAGAUCAAGAAGGAAGCCCAGCACUACUGGGAUGGUACUAAGCUUCUUGCUACGGAAGUCAGAAUUAGUUCUAGAUUGGCAUUGAAGAUGGCUGCUGGCUAUGAACUCAGUCGCAGAGAGCACCGUCAGCUCCAAAGAACCGUCAAGGAUCUGGGUCGCCUUGUGCCUUUCUCCAUGUUUGUUAUCAUUCCCUUUGCGGAACUGCUGCUUCCCAUUGCCCUGAAGCUGUUCCCGAACAUGCUGCCUAGCACCUACGAGGGCCAGAAGGCGCGCGAGAAGAAGGCGCUAAGCCUGAGCUCCACACGUAAGGAGGUUUCGGGUUUCCUGAAGGACACACUGAAGGAGUCUGGUCUCCCGGUCACUGCUGCGACCGUCAAGAAUGAAGAGUUUGCGGAGUUUUUCAAGAAGAUCCGUACCACGGGAGAAUCGCCCACUCCCGACGAUGUGAUCAAGGUGUGCAAGAUUUUCAAGGAUGACCUGACUCUCGACAACCUGUCUCGGCCUCAGCUGGUGGGUAUCUGCAAGUACAUGAACCUCAACACCUUUGGAACGGACGCCAUGCUCCGCUACAACAUCCGCCACCGUAUGCGCCAGAUCAAGCGUGACGACCGCGCUAUCUUCCACGAAGGUGUGGACUCUCUGUCUGUCCCUGAACUGCAGAUGGCAUGCGCCUCCCGUGGUAUCCGCACGCACGGUGUGUCUCCCGCUCGCCUGCGCGAGGACAUGUCGAUGUGGCUGGACCUGCGUCUUAAGCAGGGCGUCCCCUCCACCCUUCUUGUGCUGAGCAACGCAUACGUCUACGCCCAGGGUGGUAAGGAAGCCGAGAUGUCGUCCCAGAUCGAGGCUCUCCAGUCCGUCCUGUCCAGUAUCCCCGAGGAGCUGUUCCACGAAAUCGAGCUUGAGGUUCACAAUGCCGAGGGCGCCGCCACCAACAAGCAGCGUCUGGAGGUCAUCAGAGAGCAGCAAGAGCUGAUCGAGGAGGAGAACGAGCAGAACAGCGAGAACGAGGAGAAGGGCGUCUCUGCUCCUAAGGACAUCGAGGAUAUCGAUGACAAGGAAGACGUCAAGUACGAAGCCAAGUACAAGACGCAAGCGGGUGAGGCCAGCGAAGCCGUCCAGGAGGGCGAGAAAGCCGAGGAGGCACAACAGUCUACCCAGGCUAAGGAAGAGAAGAAAUAA